GACACGGGAGGGACGUGUUUAUGAAACAAGCAGAAAAUCUAAUAAUUUUUUAUCCAGUGUAUUUAAGAUUAAUAUAUUACAUGUUUAUAAAUUAAAGUUGUACAUAAUUUGCAAACACGGCCGGCUAAGUAAUUGUAAUGACGUAUUGUAUGACCAAGUGUUAAACUGUGUUCCCCUACUCGUGAUGAUGAUAGUUUUUACCUGUCACUUCCCUGUUUUGAAAAGUUUUCUGUAUGUUUCCUGUCAAUAGUUUUAGUUUUCUUUUGUAAAAAGUUUCAAGAAGGGAAUUAUUUGCCUCGAAUUCCCUUGGAAUCAGCUGGAAAAGAACCUGCGUCAAUCCAACUGAAUAUGUGCUCACCAGAAGACAUCAAGAUACAUUUUCCACUUCACAUCUUAGUUUGGAACAAUGAUCACAAUAAAGUGGACAGAGAGAUUAAAAAGCACAAUAUUGAAGCAGUUGAUUGUCGAGGUCGUACCCCUUUGCAUCUUGCAGUAUCACUUGGUCACAUUGAGUCUGUCAGAGUUUUACUUCGGCACGGUGCAGAUAUCACAAAAGAAAACAAAAGAGGAUGGACGGUUCUUCAAGAAGCAGUAAGUACAGGGGAUCCUGAACUUGUAGAGCUGGUACUGCAGCACCGUGAUUAUCACAAAGCAUCCACAGCUUUAGGGGGUGUUCCAGAACUGUUGAGUAGGAUAAAUGAGGGUUCAGAUUUUUAUUUGGAGAUGAAGUGGGAAUUUACCAGCUGGAUCCCACUUGUUUCUCGACUGUGUCCUAGUGAUAUCUGCAGGAUAUGGAAGAGUGGUGCUAAACUACGGGUUGAUGCCACUUUACUGGGCUUUGAAAACAUGAGCUGGAUAAGGGGCAGACGCAGCUAUAUUUUCAAAGGGGAAGGUAAUUGGGCUGAACUUAUUGAAGUGAACCAUGAUGAAAAAGUGGUUGACACAGAACGUUUUGACAUCUCACAAGAAAUGAAAGAUGUCACCCUGGACUCUAUGCAGCCGGCAAAAAAAGAAGUAGCAAGGCGUCUCACAUCUCCUGUCAUAAGCACAUACCUCGAUACAAAGGACAUUGCUUUUGAAAGGAAUAAGUCAGGAUUUUGGGGCUGGAGAUCAGAUAAAACAGAAGUAAUUAAUAGUUACGAAGCUAAGGUAUACACUGUAAAUAAUGUGAAUGUCGUAACAAGAACAAGAACAGAGCACCUGACAGAGGAAGACAAAAAGAAGUAUAAAGCUGACAGGACUCCAUUUGAAUCACUGAUUGGAACUGUGGAACAGGAAUUUGGAGCAAGCAGGAACCUCACAACAGAGUUUGCAUUGGCAAACAAUCCUACCGCUAUCACAGCUGAGGAAUAUUUUGACCCUGAGUUUGAUCUCAAAGACAGAGACAUUGGAAGACCUAUAGAACUUACGAUCAGAACACAAAAAUUCAAGGCCAUGCUGUGGAUGAGUGAAGAUUACCCACUUUCUCUUGUGGAGCAGGUUACUCCAAUUAUUGAUCUGAUGGCUAGAACUAGUGCUCACUUUGCAAGGCUUCGGGAUUUCAUUACAUUAAAUUUCCCUCCAGGAUUUCCUGUGAAAAUUGAAAUACCCCUGUUUCAUAUACUGAAUGCACGGAUUACUUUUGGAAAUUUGAAUAAAUGCAGCACAGAUGAAGAGCCUUCAAAAAAUCCAACAGAAGCCACUGAAUCUCCACAGCAAAAUUCAGCUUCCAGCACUACGUUUGACGUACAUCCAUCAGUGUUUGAGAUAGCUCCAUCUUACCACAUCCGACAUAAUGGAAGGAACAUGCCACCACGUGACGAAGAUGAACUAAUGCAGUUUGCAAUUCAGCAGAGUCUUUUAGAGUCAUCAUCUGAUGUUUAUCAGGAAACAGAUGGAGCAUUUCCUAAUGGAACUCUUUCUUCUCAGAAUGUCAUGGACAGCUGUGUAGUCCAAAAUGGUAUAUUGACCCCUGGUUCUCAAAACAUCCAGUCAAGCAGUAGCCAUUCUCACGACUAUGAGAAAGAUUUGCAGUUAGCAAUGGAACUUUCUACUAAAGAAAAAGAACAACAAGAGAAACAGCGUAGUGAAGAAGAAGCCGAACUUCAGAGGAUUUUGCAGUUAUCACUCACAGAAAAAUGAAAACAAAACAACUACAGAUUGUAGUGAUGUAUUUUAUCUUUCACAGAUGCAAUUAUAUAAAAAAGCGUUUAUUUUUUAAAUACCAGCUAUAGUAUAUAUUUGUCACAUGAAAGCACAAUCAUAAAAUGUGAUUGCUCCAGGAAUGUCACAGAUUUGAUUGCCAAUACAUUUUUCCUAAGCUUUAGAAACACGAUUUUUCUUGAAAAAUACUUUAGUCAAAUAUUGCUGUUAAUGUACAUGGGAAGUGAUAUCAUUCACUCUCUGAAAAUCUGAAGAAAUUUAUAGCUGGUUGAAGAAAUGUGAGGUAAAUUAUGAGUUUUGUUAUUUGUAUGUCUGGUGUUAAAGUUGAAGAAUUGCCAUCUUGAGGCAGUACUGUUUAACUUUUUACAGUCUUAUGAGAAUUUUAUCUGAAGGCCAUUUCAUUUUUUUUUUCAAAUGCUAUGCUCAUUUUUUUUUUAAGUGAUGUUGUCUUCCAGUACCUGACUCACUGUCUUAGUGCAGAAGAAUAUGUGCUUUGAUGCUGGCAUCAUAAAGUUCAUAUAAAGUUAAUUUAUUAAAAAUAAAUUACAGUUAUAUUAUA